UGCAGUGCUAGAGGAGCAGGAGCCGUCGACGAUGGCGUUGCCGUGGCUGCUGCUGCUGGAGCUGGCCCUCUACGCCAGCUGCUUCGUCUGUGGGAUCGUGACCGCCGCCUCCCUCACCAUCAGUCAGGGUAAUUUCGGAGGUCUGUGCAUGUUGUACGGGGCGGUCACCUACAACCAAUCAGCCAGCGCCAUCACAGCCCAGUCGUCCAGUCCCGCGUCUGUGUGUUACUUUGUGUCGGCCAUAUCGGUCCUGGUGGCGGUGGUGUGUUUCUCCCUGUCCCUCUACUGGCUGUACACUUGCUGCAUCGAUGGAGAGAUCAGAAGGGAGCGCAUGUGGUUGAACCUGACCCUGGGUGUGUGUGGAGUCUUCCUGUUCUUCCUGCUCAUCAGUGGGUGCAUGUUGAAGAUCGGACGCGACACGCUCUGCAACUCCGUCACCAGCGCCGUUCCCAACAUCACAAGCUGCGAGCAGGCCCAGUUGAAAAAAUGGGCCAGUCCAUUAAACGGAGUUCAGUUCUACUCCAGUCUAUAUAAAGCCGAGACGGCGGUGUGGGUGAACUUCUUCUUCUGGCUGAUCAUCGGGGUGCUGGUGAUCAUUCAGCGGGGCCAGGGUUUCGGCUUCCAGAUGUUCGGGGGAGGGGGAGGAGGCGGGGGGUUCGGCACUCCGGGAGACCCCAGGGAGACGGAGCCGUUCUUCAACCGGCCCGCGAGGCCGCAGUGAGGACGGGCGGGACACACACGGUCACCAAAACGUACAUCCAAGGAUGUGUGUGUGCGUGUGGGCAAAGGGUGAAUACACACUGUGGUCACUGGUAAAUCUGUGGUAAAUGUACAUAUCUCAGUGCAUAAAUCUUAACUUGUGAUUUCAGUUUUUUUUAUUAUUUUUUUUAGUGUAACAAGAAUGUUUUGGCGUUCACAGCCAAGUAAAGUAAAGAUCUCACUCCACCCCGACGAGGAUGGGAUUCGAACCCACGCGUGCAGAGCACAAUGGAUUAGCAGUCCAUCGCCUUAACCACUCGGCCACCUCGUCUGGUGUGGAGUGCAGCACAACACAACAAACACAAUCCACAUUUAAAACCUGCUGUUUGACAUCUCCAGCCACAUGAUGCACAGAUAUGUACAUUUAUCUAUUUCCCACAUUUACCAUAACACCCGCAUUUGCCAAAGCCUUCUCCCAGUCCUGCUGACUACCAGAUCUCAUAAUAAUCUGUGUUUGUUCAUAUUUGUCCUUCAGAAUGCUUUUGGCACGGGAGAACGUCUAAUGCAGGAGCUAAUUUUGUAUUUCGUCUGUGUUUCCGAAUCUCGCAUUGUGACUGUGAUUGACAGCCGACCCCAUUUCCCAUGCGAAAACUGAUUUUCAUUUGUGUUGUCACUCACUCACUCGAAGAUUGUGACAGUAAAUAGUAAAAUGCCAGAAAUUAUACAGGGUCAACUUCAACGGAACCACGUUUUUUUUUUUUUUUUUUGCUCGCUUUGUAACAAGUUGGCCUGCGAAGAUUUAAGGUCGACACAGGUAAACUUACUAAUGUGAUUUUGUACUCUGCACCACUGAGUUUCAUUUAAAUGUUGUGUUUGUUUUUUAUUUAUGAUGAUGAAGGGUUUCUGUUGUCUUUUGGUUUCUUUUUAUCUUAAAGGAGAAACUUGACCUUGAGACAGAGUCCACAUGUUAAUCAUAUGAUCCUGGACAUGUCAGCCUUGUGUGAACAAGGCUUUUUUUUUUUUUUUUUUUUUUUUUUUUUUU